GAGAGCCCGCCUCUUCCUGCGAGUCUGCUCUGCGAUUGGCUAGGUUGCCUAGUAUUGCUAAAGGCUGUUCUAGGAAAGCGGACGAUUGACAACCUCGGCUACCAAUCAGCAGAAAGUACGCCGGUCAAUCGGCGUGUCGGCUGCGAAUCCAACAAGGGGCCCGGCUUGAGGAGGCUGAGAGAGGAUCCGCGUAUCACCAUGACUGAGCCGGAGCUCCUCCUGGAUUCCAAUAUCCGAUUAUGGGUGGUGCUGCCAAUCGUCUUCAUCACCUUCUUUGUGGGGAUGAUCCGCCAUUACGUCUCCAUCCUUCUCCAGAGCGACAAGAAACUUACGCAGGAACAAGUAUCUGACAGUCAGGUUCUGAUCCGCAGCAGAGUCCUCAGAGAAAAUGGGAAAUACAUUCCGAAGCAGUCCUUCCUCAUGAGGAAAUUUUACUUCAAUAACGCAGAAGACGGCUUCUUCAAGAAGACGAAGAGGAAGGUGGUGCCGCCCUCUCCCAUGACAGAUCCGACCAUGCUGACGGACAUGAUGAAGGGGAACGUUACCAAUGUGCUGCCCAUGAUCCUGAUCGGUGGCUGGAUCAACAUGACCUUCUCCGGGUUUGUGACAACAAAGGUCCCGUUUCCACUGACUCUGCGCUUCAAACCGAUGCUACAGCAGGGAAUCGAACUUCUUUCUCUGGAUGCCUCAUGGGUGAGCUCCGCCUCCUGGUACUUCCUCAAUGUCUUUGGCUUAAGAAGCAUCUACUCGCUGAUCCUUGGACAGGAUAAUGCCGCUGACCAAUCCCGUGUCAUGCAGGAACAGAUGACCGGAGCUGCCAUGGCAAUGCCGGCCGAUACCAACAAAGCUUUCAAGACGGAGUGGGAGGCUCUGGAGCUGACGGAUCAUCAGUGGGCCUUGGACGACCUUGAAGAAGAACUGAUGGGGGGCGACCUCAGCUUCGAGGGGAUGUUUAAGCGAGAGCUGCAGACGGCUAUAUUCUGA